ACAGUGGAGCGAGAGAGAGAGAGAGACACACACAGAGAGAGAGAGAGAGAGAGAGAGAGACGGGGGCGAGCAUCAUCAUCUUCAUCAUCAUCACAACAGUGGCGUACAGCUUCCUCCGCCCGGUCACCGAGGAGGACGACGACGGGGGAAUCUAGAGGUUAGAUUGAGAGGAGACGACCGGGAGUCGACCGGGGAGGCUGUGCGUCCGGGAGCCGAGCAGCGACGCAGCAGCGGCGGCAGAGGAACUGCUGGAGCUGGUGGUGGAGGCAGGAGGCUGAUCCGGUGGAGUCGGUUGCCCGGUGCUCCACGCACGCACGCACACACACACACACACACACACACACACCCCGCGCCUCUGCACCACCAGAGAGGAGGAGGAGGAGGAGGACGAAGAGGAGGACCAUGGAGGGGGUGCAGGCAUACGGGGCCGGGAAAGCCGGAGGAGCCUUCGACCCCGUCACCUUCUUCCAGCAGCCUCAGACCAUUCUGCGCAUCGUGUCUUGGCUCUUCUCCAUCGUGAUCUUCGGCUGCAUCGCCAACGAGGGCUACAUCAACCGCCCCAACGAGGUGGAGGAGUUCUGCAUCUUCAACCGCAACCAGAACGCCUGCAACUACGGCGUCUUCAUGGGCACCAUGGCCUUCCUGUGCUGCAUGGCCUUCCUGGCUCUGGACGUGUACUUCCCCCAGAUCAGCAGCGUCAAGGACCGCAAGCGGGCGGUGCUGGCCGAUAUCGGCGUGUCGGCGUUCUGGUCCUUCAUGUGGUUCGUGGGUUUCUGCUUCUUGGCCAACCAGUGGCAGGUGACCAAUCAUGACGACAACCCGCUGAGCGAGGGAGGUGACGCCGCCCGGGCAGCCAUCACCUUCUCCUUUUUCUCCAUCUUCACCUGGGCGGGCCAGUCUUUCCUGGCCUUCCAGAGGUACAAGCUGGGGGCCGACUCGGCCCUUUUCUCCCAGGAAUACAUGGACCCCAGCCAGGACGCAGCCGGAGCCCCCUACACCUCCUUCGGUGGGGAUGACGAGGAGAGCCCGGAAGGAGGAGGAGGAGGAGGAGGAGGAGGAGGAGGGGGCCAGGCCAACAGCGACGCCGCCUUCGAUGGCACCGGAGGCUACCAGCGUCAGGACUACUGAGAUGUUCAGGCGUUGGAUGUGUAGGGUGGAGGAUCUGGAGCACGUUUGCCCAAAAUUUUCUGAUAUAAGAGGAGCAUUUAUUGUUUCUGCGGGUCAACGUAGACCCAAGGGGCAAUACUAGGUUACGUUUACCCAGUACCAGUGGGUUGCUUUGACCCAAUGUUAGACAGUUGGACCCUAAAACCGCUAGAAAUGUAUCGUUAGACAUUGCAAAAUUUACUAAAAUUAAUUAUCAUAGGGUCAAAUUAGUGCAAUAAUGUGUCCCGGUGAUAUUAAUUUGUACGUGCAAGGAAUUAUGCAUUAGUUGGUGCUCCUUAACACGUGUAGACGGUGCAUUUCGUACCUAUGGCAGUUCAGUUAUCAAAAUGGAAUAUCUGCUUCUGUGGGUAAAACAACAGAAAUUGUCUCCAGGUCAGAAAUCUUUGGGCAACUUUCCAGAUUUUUUAGGGAAGGGCAGGUAGAUAUCUGUGGGUUGGGAUAAGAGGUGGAUCACAUGUGAGUCUGCAGGUAAGAGUCUGGGAAGGGGGUCGUGGCAUGGCGGAGACACUGGGUUCGAUUAGAGAUCUUAAGGAGGGGUUAAGGGGUUUUUAGGAGAACUUGGUCAGGUCAGGUGUUUUUCAUAAACGGGUCACAUUAUAUGGCAGAAUCAAUGCUCGUGACCAUAUCGCCUUCGGAGGUCCGCAAUGCGAUCAGUGUUAGUUUAAACCCCCUCUCAAACAAACACACGUACAAGCACAGGUCGUCGUCGUAUUGAUUUUUGAACGGAUACAAGACACGUUUCUGCUGACGAAAUUCCUCAGAGGUGCAUUACAGGAUAUCAGCAUUGUGGUAACAACCUGGCAACCAAUCCCCUCGACUGAAAUGGGAGUGUGUGUGUGUGUGUGUGUGUGUGUGUGUUGAAGAGAAAUAUGAAAUGGUUUUUUUUCGUUCUUUUUAGUUGAUGUGUGGAUGUCUGUGUUUUCUGGUUUUCCUGAAGAACCCCUCUUUUUUUCUGUCCUCGAUUGUUGCCUUAGUGCUGACUGCCAAGCAAAAUCCAACACACACAGGAUGUAUAUGUAUAUAUAUAUAUACAUAUAUAUAUAUAUAUAUAUAUAUAUAUAUAUAUAUAUAUAUAUAUAUAUCUAUAUACCCAUAUCACAGUUCUUCUUUUGGCAUCUCUGGGGUGACAGUAUAGCUAAUUGAAUUGUGUCUUGUUUCGGUCCUUACGCAGGUAAGAACAGUUCAAAUCAGCAGGUCUGCUGUCGACUUAAUACACAAAACUUCAGUUUGUCUCAUUUCAGCAAAUGAACCGGGCACAUCCUUAGUAUUUAUGAACAUGCAUUGCUCCAUUUUCUUAAAGAAUGAAGUAAAUCUUAUCUCUCUAUAAAUAUAUGUAAAAUCUAUAAUUCAGUAAAUUAUAGUGCUCAAGAAAAGAUUAUGCUUUAUUUUAGGGUAUUAUGUUAGCUCUGUGGAAAAAUAAAAUAAAAAGGAAAAGACAAAAGAAAGAAAAUUUACCGUCUGUUAAGUGUUAAUGUGAUAUACAAUGUAUGACAAGGUCAUCGAGGCCUCGUCCGUUAUGUUGCUUUCACAGUCAGGAGAUGCUUUUAUUUUGGAAUAAUAAUACCUACUAUGUUAAAAAACAAAACAAAAUACAGCAACAAAAAAUGUGACCAAAUUAUCAAAGUAUAUAUAUACACACGCAUAUAUACUUUAUACUGUACAACAGUGUAGACUUAGAAAUGUGAGUUCUGUAAAAUAUGUAAGAAUUAAGGUAAGAUUUAAGAAAAAAAAGAUUGUUUACAAAUGUGUGUUUCUGAUGUAUUUGAUUUUAACCAAUAAAAAUAAAGAAAUGCUGAUAAAGGUAUAAUUGAAUGG